GCAACCAUGAGCCAGACGGCUGCGGACUUGCUUAUUAUCUAUGAGGCAGAGGCUGAGCAGUGGGCCACGUACCUGCGUUCAGCCUUCACGGGUCCCAUCCAAGAGGGCGGGAUCUGCUGCUAUGACAUCGCCACAGUGUCCAGCCGACGGGACGACUUCCUGAGGCUGGGCCACUAUAAGUGCAAGCUCCUGAUCCUGAGCAGGGGCAUGCUGGAAGCUCUGUGCCAGCUGCGGCGCUUCUUCCUGGCCCGUGUGCUGAACCCUGCGGCUCACGUGGUGGUGCUGCUCUGUGGGGUGGAGAGCCUGGCUCCUCUGCUGGAGCUGGUGCCCCUGAACGGAGAGGAGUGCACGCAGAUCUCCAGUGAACAAGAUGCUCACGAGUACUUGUCCACUGUGACUGAUAUUGUGAAGCGAGGUGCAUCAGCCGCAGCAGUAAGCAUCAACCCCUUGUCACGCAGGGCGUCAGGAUCAGAGCAAAAGCCGGAACAAAUGCAGUCAAGUGGAGCACACGGCGGCAAGUCUAGCGCUGUGGUCGUCCCCUCCAGAGUCCCCUGUGGGAGCUCCAUGGAAAUGUUCAUUCUUUUGAAAGAUAAAGUGGCUGGCGGCGACGCUGAAGUUGAGUUCAGCGGUGACAAUCAGAGGGUGAGAGUGAAGCCCCUCCACUGGAAUGAGCACAUCCUCUUUGUCAAUGCACCGGAUUUUCCAGCAGGAAAUGUUAACGUGACCCUGCAUUGUGGGGGAGAGACACUGAGCAGGACACAGCUGCAGUAUUAUAGCACCAUGGACGAGAUUACAAGGCUUCUGAGAGGAGCGGCCAACCCCGUAGACUUCAUGUGUCAGGCUCUUCAGGUGUCCUCUGUAGAGAAGCUGGAUCAGAAGCUGUCCUCCAUGCUGCUGGAGGGAAUGCCCACCGGAGGCUUUCAGGGCCUGCAGGGUGAGAAAGCACCUGAGAGAGCAGAGCUCCACCCUGUGGAUGUUCCCUCGCUCCUCCACUUUGCUGCCCAAAAUGGAUUCAAGAGCGUUUCCAGCCUGCUGCUGCAGUGUCCAGGAGCCGAGCGAGCGCUGCGCACAGCCAAUCGACAUGGACAGACCCCCACUGACAUUGCCAAGAGCCACGGCCAUAAAGAGCUUCACAUCUUGUUGAAGGAAAGACUGAAUAUGUUCGACUCAGGCGAGGACAACGGCGACGCCAGUGUGUAUGAACUAAUGUGCACUGCAGGGAGUCCUUCUACCACUGACACUCAGAAGGAGGAACAUGAAGAGGAGGAAGGGGAAGAAGACCCAUACGCGCUGCUCGGGGUGAAUGAUGAAGAGUAUGACACCAUCUUGAGCUCCAGCAACACCGUCCCCAUUGCCAACCGCCCACCAGCACCCACACCUCGGCCCGAGAGCACCCAAGUGAAGGAGGACCGCAUCCCAUUCAUUGCUCAAGUUUUCCAGAAGAAGAUGUCACAGGGCGACGCUGACAUGCUGUAUUCUCUUCCUACUAAACAAGCACGUGCGCGAGGGGACAGCAUCUCCUCCACCUACGACACCUUUGUGCCCAGCCAGUCGCCGGGGCUGCAGCAGCUCAUUGAGCUGCAGGAGCGGGUGAAGGGAGGCUCUCUCACCAUGGAUGAGGCCCUGGAGCGCUUCAGCGACUGGCAGCGGGUUCAGAAGGGCAUGGACUCCAUCCAGCAGGAGAAGUUGCGUCAGCUGAGAGCGACGAUCAUCAGCAACAGGCAGGACGAUGACAGCGUCUAUGAUAAAAUCAACAUUGUUCAUCACACACCAAAUGUUACCGUGAAUGAAUGUCGAAGAGGAAGCCAUCCAGUGGAGUCAGAUUUUUAUAGCAAGCCUCUUAAAGGACAGCAUACAAAUUUCUUCUGGAAAGCUGACAAACGGUGAAGGCAUCAUCUCUACACAAAGAUUCACUUCCUCCGCUGAUUAUUCCAAGGAUUUUCCAUUUGAUGUAAAACAUGAGUUUUUGGGUUUAACUGUCCAAUCCUGUUAAAUCUCGGGCAAAUGUGUUGCUUACUGAUUCAUCAUGCAUUGAUUCUUGAUUUUUUUUUGUCUUAAUUUAAGAUAGGCAGCCACAAACAUAAUCAAAUAAUAAAAUAAAUAAAAAGCACAUAAAUACACAGCAUGAACAUAACCUUUGUAACACAGCACAGCUAUUUUAACUACCACUUUAAUUGUGAUCAUUCUGUAAAGUGUUUCACAUUUAAGACUGUC